UUUUGGCAGAUCGAGCUACGAGCACCGUCCACCCUGAUGACGAACGAAUCGCUUGUUGAUCAAAGACAGCUGGAUUGAAGUUCCAACAAUUUCCCUCGAUAAGUGGCUGAAGAGAUCGCCACCCAUAUCUCACCGCUGGAUACAAUGAGGCUAUUCACUCUCUCGUCCUCAGCUCGAGUGGCGCUGUCGCGAGCUUGCGGGUGCAGCAAGGUCGCGCCUGCGAUCUCAAGCAGCCAAGGCGUCGUCGCAAAGAGCUUCUCAUCCCUGCCAUCUCUGCGCCCAACCCUCCAACCACGCUUAAACACCGUCUUUCGGUCAUCUAUAUUAGCCAACCCGGCACCCACAGUCAUCACCAGUCCAGCUGAUUCGGCAACACUCGAUAUAGUCCCAAAGAGCGCGAUCACCUCAAAUCCCGCACUAUUUGGUGUUCAGAUCCGAUGUGGCCCCCGCCCAACAAUGGCGCGCACGAGUCGAUUGGUGCGAAAGCGUAGACAUGGGUUCUUGAGCCGGAUACAAACACGGACAGGGCGCCGAACACUACAAAGGAGGAAGAGCAAGGGGCGGAAAAUGCUGUCCAACUAGUUCGCGCGUGACAGUAUAGAUGCGGCGUGGGGCGUUGCAAGACGGGUGAGCAGCUACGCCGGCAGGUCGUCAAGGGCCACUCAUGGCCGGGCCCUUGAUACCUUUUCCGAUGACGCUACUUUAUGUAUAAUAUGCUAUGGGUUGGCCCGGGUUAUAGAACAGGCAAACCAUAUUAUAGAUUGGGAAGGAGAUACGACUCUAUUUCACCACGGUGUAUCAUAGCAGGAAGGCCUCAACCCCACCGUGAAAUCAAACUGGCCAAAAAAUUACUGGAACAUCUUAUGAGUUUGAGAAUUGCAGGUAUGAAGCAAGAUCGGCUG